UCUGCAACCAUGACUGGGCUGCUGAAGAGGAAGUUUGACCAACUGGAGGAGGACUCCUCCUCGUUCUGCUCCUCCACCUCCUCUGACUGCGUCUCUCCUUCCUGCUCCCCAAGCUCUUCAGUCUCAGGUGAAGAGAGCCCCGGGGGUCAGAUGCCCCUACCUAAACGGGACUUCUGUGGCUCCCAAAGUUUUACCCCUUGGUCCAUUUUGAAGCGGGCUCCUCGGGAAUGCCCAUGCCAUGUUGCCUUCACAGGAAUCACUGUCUUUUACUUCCCACGGUGCCAGGGCUUCACCAGUGUGCCCAGCCGUGGUGGCUGUACUCUGGGCAUGGCCCCUCGCCACAGCGCCUGCUGCCACUUCUCCUUGUGUGAGUUUACACAGGAACAAGCCCGGGCCCGGCGCGAGAAACUCCGUCAGCGUUUGAAAGAGGAGAAGCUGGAGAUGCUGCGAUGGAAGCUUUCAGCCUCUGGAGUACCUGAGGGAGAGGCAGACCUGCCACUUACAUUGGAUGCCAUCAGUGAUGCCUCUGUGGAAGAAGACUUGGCAGAGGCUGUGGCAGGCGGCCUGUUGGAAGAAGUGAACUUCCCACCAUACCACCCAGCGCGGCGACGGCGUGCUUUGCUGAGGGCUGCGGGUGUGUGAAGGAUCGACCGCGAGGAGAAGCGGGAACUGCAGGCGCUGCGCCAAUCCCGUGAGGACUGUGGCUGUCGCUGUGAUAGGGUCUGUGACCCUGAGACCUGCAGCUGCAGCUUGGCGGGUAUCAAGUGCCAGAUGGAUCACACAGGGUUCCCUUGUGGCUGCUGUAAGGAGGGCUGUGAGAACCCCAAUGGCCGUGUGGAAUUUAAUGAGGCGCGUGUGCAGACCCAUUUCAUCCACACGCUCGAGCGCCUGCAGCUGGAGCAGGGGGCCGAGAGCCUUGGAGAGCUGGAGGCCCCUGCACAGGGCAGCCCACCCAACCAAGGCGAGCAGGACAUGGUGUCCUCUUUCCCGCUGGCCAACCCCCCCCCCCCCCCAGCAAGCAGUGAGCUGGGAGACAAUAGCUGCAGCAGUGACAUGACUAAUUCUUCCAUGACAUCUUCCUCAUCAGACGCUAGUGAGGCCCCAGACCACCCCACCCACCCAGGCCUGCCUGGUCCUGGCUUCCAGUCAAGCAUUGUUGAUGACAGCCUGGAGCAGAUCCUGAGUUUCAGUGACUCUGACCUUGGUGUAGAGGAGGAGGAAGAGGAAGGGGGUGUGGGGAACCUGGACAACCUCAGCUGCUUUUACCCAACUGACAUCUUUACUGGUGACCCUGGUGGCCUGGCCAGCUGGACCCACAACUACUCUUGCUCUAGCUUUGUGCCCGGCAUCCUGGAUGAAAAUACCAUCCUGGAUGCUAGCUGCUUCCUAAAUGGUGGCUUUGAAGGGUUGAGAGAAAGUAGCCUCCCUGGCACCUUAGUGCCACCCAGUGUGGACAUCCACCAGAGCAACUCCGUGGACCUCAGCCUAUCUUUCUGUGACUCCUUCAAGCUACUCCAGUCUCUGCCAGAUUAUAGUUUGGGGCCUCACUAUAUCUCUCAGAAGGCGCCUGGCAGCCUGGACAACUUUAAGGCAUCUCACGGCCCCUUGCCUGGCCUCUCUCCACUGGGGGAUGGCAGCACUUGCUUCUUGGAGUCCCUCAUCGGCUUCUCUGAACCAGUUGCCAUUGUCUCUGCCCCCUUCAUCGACAGCCAGUUUGAGGACACUGCCUCGGCCUCUCUGGUAGAGCUUGUGCAGGUGUGA